UUACAGUUCGAAUCUGUUCUUUUUAAAUUUCCGAUCCAAUACGAAAACUCGCUCAAUGCUAAGAUUGUUUUAUGUAGUUCGAAUAUUAUGAACUGACUUUUUUGGUGGAUAUUAACGCUGAUGAUGAAAUUUAAGGAAAUUCCUAAACAUCCGUAUUAAAAAUGUUACUAGGGCUAAAUUCUAGGCUUAGGUUAUUAUGUAAGGAUGAACAGAUUAGCUGUUUGGACUUAUGUGAUUAGUUCAUUAGAAGAAAGGAGCUUUUUGGAAUGGAUGGUUUACAUUUAAAUAGGGUUUUGAUAACAGAUGCAACCAUGGAAUUAAAAAUAGAGGUUGAACCAUUUUGUGAUGAGAAGCAGGAUGCUUUGUUAGAUGUCAAAAUGAUGAAAAAUGAAGAUAAAACCUCUACAGUACCAAAUGGAAAAGCUGGUUCCUUACAAGAAAGACCUUUACAUACCAUUUUGAAGUCUGAUUUAGUAAAAGAGGAACAAGAAGAAAAGUAUGAAGCAACAGAAAAACCUGAGAACAUAUUUGUCAUGGUGACAAAAGAACAGUCUGAUGAUUUACCACAAAGUGAGGUUAUUUCAAAGUUCAAUGAAAGUAGUGAUGAUGAUUUGGAUAGUUCAAAAUGUGGUGUUAUCAAUGUGAAAACAGAAACUGAAUUCCAAGAAGAUUUACAGUAUGUUGAAUCUAAGUUGGAAAGUACAUCUGAUAUAAAGACCAGUGUGAACAUCUGUUGUGGAAGUGAGUGUCCUGGUGAUCAUGUUUUCAGAAAAGAAGAUAUGUUUAGAGCAGUGAAGAAAUUCUUAAAGUCAGACAGUGAUGUUUAUGGAAAAACAAAUUUAAAUAACUUAAAACAACCUGAUAUACAACAGAGUGUAGAUAAACCAUACAGUCAGGUAAUCUGUGGAAAUGAAUCUGUAACAGUGGAUUACAAAAACCAAGACACAAGGAUACAUACUGAAAAUAACCCAUAUCUUUGUAUAGUGUGUGGAAAACAUUUUGGAAGAAACUAUAGCUUAAAAAUGCAUCAGAGAAUACAUACUGGGGAGAAACCUUACAAUUGUACAGUUUGUAAAAAACAGUUUGGAACAAACAGUACCUUAAAAAUACACCAAAGAAUACAUACUGGGGAGAAACCUUACAGUUGUACAGUUUGUAAAAAACAAUUUCGAACAAAUAGUGAAUUAAAAAAGCAUGAAAGAAGACAUACUGAGGAAAAACCUUACAGUUGUAUAGUUUGUGGAAAAGCCUUUAGAACAAGUGGUGAUUUAAAAAUGCAUCAGAUGAUACAUACCAAGGAGAAACCGUACAGUUGUGCAAUUUGUGGUAAAAACUUUAGAAUAAAUGGGGAAUUAAAAAAGCAUAAAAAAAUACACACUGGGAAGAAACCUUAUUGUUGUGCUAUUUGUGGAAAAGACUUUAGAACAACUGCUGAAUUAAGAAUACAUCAGAUGAUACACACUGGGGAGAAACCCUACAGUUGUGCAGUUUGUGGUAAAAACUUUAGAAUAAAUGGGGAAUUAAAAAAGCAUCAAAAAAUACAUACUGGGGAGAAACCUUAUUGUUGUGGAGUUUGUGGAAAACAAUUUCAAAGUAACUCUAAUUUAAAUAUGCAUCAAAUAAUACACACUGGAGAGAAACCAUACGGUUGUGAAUUUUGUAGAAAACAAUUUCGAAGUAACUAUUACUUAAAAAUUCAUCAAAGAAUACACACUGGAGAGAAACCAUACAGUUGUGAAGUUUGUGGAAUAAAAUUUCGAAGGAACUCUUAUUUAAAAAUGCAUCAGAAAAUACACACUGGAGAUAAACUUUAAAGUAGUGAACUUUGUGGAAAAGAAUUUUCAAAGAAACACUUAAUUAAAAAUUCUACAUAAACUACACGCACUGGGUAUGAACUAUACAGUUUUGCAGUUUGUUGAAACAGUUUGGAAUCAGGGCUGGCCUUAGGAGGGUGCGGGGUCUGAGGCAUUUGCCUCAGUAGCCUUGCCAUAAGGCCAACCCUAUUUAGUAAAUGAAAAAUGUACAUUAUUGAUAAACAAUAUUGUUGUCUGCUGUGUUGUUCAAACAAAUGAACGUAGAAAUUGUUUAAACCAGAUAAGACAGGAUUAAGUGUAUGGAUCUAUUUUUGAUGUGCUUUAAUACUUUUAGUUGGGAACAUUUGUAUGUAAGGGUGUGAAGUGGUAGAAUGAGAACAUAUUGAUUAAUAAAAGAUGAUAAAAUUAAUCUGAAUGGAAUAGAGGGCCAGAAUAGUCAUUGUUUCUAUAAUGAAACAGGAAAACUUUAUAACUGACAGUUUUUCUUCCUGGUUUUUUUAUGUAUAGACAGUGAGUAUUGGUUCGAACCAGUGUCUUUAUAUUAUAAUUUCAACAUGUACUGAGAAUGUGCUGUUAUGAAUGAUUUACAUUGAUUUGAUUUUCUGAACACUCGCAGCCUUCUGGAUUCUGAAACUUCAAUGAUCUCAAAUCCCUUCAGUCUUAUUAUCUUUUAUGUUGAAGAAAGUAAUCAUUCAGUUUGUACUAAGAUUAUUCUGUUCUAAAGAAUGAAUAGAAUAUUGAUAAACAGUUUUAUUUUGUCUAAAUCUUGGUAUUUUUGGUAUAUAAGUUACAUAUAAAACUUUUGAAAAGGAACUUGAGAAUAUUGAUUUCAUUAAAUAUGUUCAGAGAAGAGAGAUUUUGUUAUAAUCAACCACUUAAAAUGGGAAGAUAUCUCUUAAAAUUAACCCAGAAAUCACUAACUCAAAGUAAUAUUGGUUGUUGUAAGAAUAUACCAUCAUAUUUACAUAGUUGAAUUUAGACUUAGUCUUGAAUAUGGACUUAUACCUACAUUUUUCUGUUUUCAGUAUUAAUUCAAUAUAGAAAACUUUUUUAUGAAGUGUGAAACUGUAUAA